AUGAGUUUGAAGACGCUGUCGCGCUCGAAUCAAGCUGUCGUGGAUGCGGAGGGGGCGGAUACCACUGAACCGAAGGAUGAAAAGUUCAUUCUGCUGGAGCAGCGGGCGCGCGCGGUGCUGGAGGAACUGGCCGCGAAUGGCGAGCAGGACGAGGUUUCCACUGUGGAGUUCGCAAAUACAUUGCGUGAGUACCGCCAGGCGUGCCAGGACCGUGCACGAUACGUAGAGGCGGAUCUUGUUCAGCAGGUUUUGCGCCAUCUGCGGUAUGACGAGGAAACGCGGCACGUGCGCGGGCUGACGGAGCAACAGAGGCAGGAGCGUCAGGCUGUAGAGGACGCCCACCGUGAGGAGUUUAUGGAGUUUCACCGCGUGUGGAAUGCGCGUAUUGACGAGUUUGAGGAGCACCAGAUGGAGUUGGAGACUACGCUGCUUGAGCGGCAGAAUAUGGAGCUGCAGGCCUUUUACAAAGAGAUGAAUAACUUAACUCCAAAUAUGCCGAGGUGUAGUCGGGGACUGCUGGACACGAGGGCCGUGGAGCACAUCCUCGCGACGCAACGUCAAUACGCCCGCGCCCACCGCACCAAGCUGAAGGCCGAUCGAUUAGAAGCAAGAGAUGUUGAGCGGUUCAUGCAGGCGAAGAUAGAGUUGUUUGAGCGUCGAGAGGAAUUGUUGCGACAGAAGCAUCAUCAGGAGCACAUGGUGUUGAAGAAUAAAAUGGAGCUGCGCCGGGCUGAGUUUGAGCGGUUGCGGAAAAGAGAGCUGGAUGUACUCUGCCAACGAUACGUGAAUAUUCGACGGGAACUGGAACUCCAACAAAACAUUGUCCUAAACAAAACUGGAACCAUACUUUUGAAGCACGCAAACAACACAAAGAGUGACGUCAGCGGAAGUGCGGCGUUAGUCGAAAGUGCUGGGUACGGUGUGUUUGGUUCAACGGUGAAGCGUCGUCACUUUGAUGAUGCGAUGCAGCGUUGUUCUUCCUUCGCACCACACCAAAACAAAGAGUGA